GAGGCUCCCAGCAGCCUUACUAUGCGUCACUUCGCCUCUCUCGGUCGUCGAUCAUGGCGGAGCCGGAGCCACAGCGCAAAGUGGAGCCUCAACUUCUCAAUGGGGACGACGACUUGAACGACGAAGAAAGAGAGGACGCGGACGCCAGCGAGGCAGUGAAGAGAAAGAGAAGAAAGAAGAAGAGGAGCCGGACGAGCGGGCCAGUAUGUGACUUUGCAGCAGGGACAAACGAAGCUGAGGGAAACUCUGGAGAAGCCGGAGGUGUCGGCGAAGUGGCAGCGCAGCUGGAGCAGCAAACCUUGGAGGAGAAGGAGAGGCCUGAGGAUGCAGAGGAAGAUGGCGAUGAAGGGGAAAACUCAGCUGUCAAAAAGAAGAGGAAGAAGAAGAAGAAGAAAGGAGCGAAGGGACAGACUGACCCUCCCUCAGUACCUAUUUGUGAGCUCUAUCCCAACGGGGACUUUCCAAAGGGAGAGGAGUGUGAAUACCCCCCAUCGAAAGACGGGCGCAGCGCCGCGUGGCGGACCACCAGCGAGGAGAAGCGGGCGAUGGACCGAGCCAACGAGGAGAUGUGGAGCGACUUCAGGCAGGCGGCCGAGGCCCACCGACAGGUGCGCUCCUACGUCAGGAGCUGGAUAAAACCGGGGAUGACCAUGAUCGACAUCUGCGAGAAGCUGGAGGAUUGCUCCAGGAGGCUCAUCAAGGAGAACGGGCUGAGUGCCGGCCUGGCGUUUCCAACGGGCUGCUCCAUCAACCACUGCGCUGCCCACUACACCCCCAACGCCGGAGACCCGACCGUGCUGCGCUACGACGACGUCUGCAAGAUCGACUUUGGUACACACAUCAAUGGUCGAAUAAUAGACUGCGCAUUCACCGUCACUUUCAAUCCAAAGUACGACAGGCUGCUGGAGGCUGUGAGCGAUGCGACAAACACCGGCAUCAGGUGUGCAGGAAUCGACGUGCGCCUGUGCGACGUCGGCGAGACCAUCCAGGAAGUCAUGGAGUCUUACGAAGUCGAGAUAGAUGGAAAAACGUAUCAAGUGAAGCCAGUCAGAAACCUGAACGGCCAUUCGAUUGGACAGUACAGGAUACACUCAGGGAAGACAGUUCCCAUCGUAAAAGGUGGCGAGGCGACCAGGAUGGAGGAAGGUGAAGCCUACGCCAUUGAGACGUUCGGCAGCACUGGAAGAGGCGCCGUCCACGACGACAUGGAGUGCUCGCACUACAUGAAGAACUUCAACGUUGGACAUGUGCCGAUAAGACUACCGAGGGCUAAACACCUGCUGAACGUGAUCAACGAGAACUUCGGCACGCUGGCUUUCUGCCGCCGCUGGCUGGACCGCCUGGGCGAGAGCAAGUACCUGAUGGCGCUGAAGAACCUGUGCGACCUCGGCAUUAUAGACCCCUACCCGCCUCUGUGCGACAUCAAGGGCAGCUACACUGCCCAGUACGAGCACACCAUCCUGCUCAGGCCCACCUGCAAGGAGGUAGUGAGCCGAGGAGACGACUAUUAAGACCCUCAGGCGAAACCCGAGGAACAUGGCAGCUGAGCUACACCGAGCGCCUCCAGACUGACAGCAGUUAUGCAAUAUCUCUCUGCCCUAACUUUACGCAGCUCCGGACCCUUUAGGUACAGCGUCUCGCAAACUAUUCGUAGCUAAAUCUUUUUGAGGCAACUGCAGCUCCAAGUUGUGGCUCUACUGGCUUUGCACGACUACAGAGUAACAUUUUUGCCCAUUUUGCUUUGCAGAACAGCUCAAGCUCAGUCAGACUGGAUGGAUAACGUCUGUGAAUAUGCAAUUUGAAGCCUGGCCACGAUUAAACAAUAAUCUGACCAUUCCAGCUUGGGGGAUAAGCAUUGAUCAAAAUUGCAGCUCUGGCUGUACGUUUAGGGUAAUUGUACUGCUGGUGUUCAACUAAUAAUCGGCCUAUCAACAUAUUUUCCCACAUGACCUAUUGAUCUCUGCAGCUCCUCCAAAGGUACCUCUCUGAUGGAAGGGCUUUACAUACUCAGUCUCACAGCUUGUUCUUGCCACUCCUUUGUUUCUGGUAUUAAAUUGGACAGAACUUUAUGCAGCAUUUUGGAAAAACAUUUGCACUUAACUUUAUUUUGUGGUUUAAGAGUAAAAAAGGACAAAUACAAAUGUAUGCCACAAUCCUUUUUUAUUUUAGAGAAAAAUAAUUUUUUUUAAAGCCAGGCAUAAUUUUUUCUUCAGCUUGCCUUGUGUUGGUCUAUCACAUAGAAUCCCAAUAAGUAGAUUUAAAGUCUGUGGCGAUAAUGUGAAAAAGUUCAAGUGGAUCUUCUGUAUCACACUGCAAUUGUAGCAAAGCAAAAACCUCGUAUUACAAAGAG